AUGGGAUUGACUUCUAAACUUGAAAAGCUUAAGCUUGGCGAUCACGAUAAGUCCGAAAAGAAACAACCACCAGUCACUACUACGGGUGCAGCCUCCGAUGCGGAUACUGAUGAUAUUGACGAGAUGGACAAUGAGGGGCAAUCGAUUUUAAUGGGUAUUAUUGCUCAGUUGAGACCAGGUAUGGAUUUGACAAAAAUCACCCUCCCCACCUUCAUUUUGGAAAAGAAGUCUAUGUUGGAGAGAAUUACAAACUUUUUUCAAAUCCCUGAUUUGUUACUUGAAGCCAAUAAUACCAAGGAGCCUGUAGCAAGAUUUAUAAAUGUCUUGAAAUGGUACCUUGCCUCAUGGCACAUCGCACCCAAAGCAGUUAAGAAACCCCUUAAUCCUGUUCUUGGAGAGACUUUCUCUUGCUACUGGAAGGAUUUGCCAUACAAUGCAGGUGAUGCGUACUAUUUAUCGGAGCAAACAUCGCACCACCCUCCCAAAUCUUCCUACUUCUAUUUGGUCCCGAAAGAAAAGAUCAGAGUCGAUGGUACAGUGAUCCCCAAAUCAAGAUUUUUGGGUAAUUCUUCAGCAGCAAUAAUGGAAGGGUUAGGUCAGGUUACUCUUGGAAACUGGAACGAAGAACAGUACGUGAUAACCCAACCAAACGUAUACGUCAGGGGAAUUCUUUUUGGUAAAAUGAAGAUGGAAUUGGGUGACCACUUGAUAGUGAAGUGUGCUGCAUUAGGACUUGAAGCAGAUAUUGAGUUCAAAACGAAGGGCUUCAUCAGCGGUACAUACGAUGCUAUCGAGGGCACAAUUAGAGAGAUCGAAACAUCGAAACAAUUAUUUCAAUUGAGUGGUAAAUGGAAUGACGUUAUUGAUAUAAAAGACUUAAGCACGGGUAAAAAGCUGUUACUUAUCGACACCCACAAAACCAUUCAGGUCAAACCUCUAGUAAGACCUUUAGAGGAACAAUCCGAGUAUGAAUCUAGAAGGUUAUGGAAGCCAACGGUUGAUGCUCUUGCACGCAGGGAUCACGAGGUUGCUACUGAGGAGAAAUUUAAAGUAGAAAAUGAGCAGCGUGAAAAAGCCAAGAAGCGUCUCGAAGACGGCGUUGAGUUUCACCCUAAGUACUUUAGACCAGUUGAUGCUCAAGACCAUUCCUCAAAAGACUUGGGAGUUAUAUUCAACAAACACAUAAACCUUGCUGAGCCACCUGAAGAGUUGACCAAGAGAGUGUUGGAUGCUGCACCUUUCCUUCCAGGUCAGACACCGAAUGAAAAAUUUGACAUCCCUCCUUUCAAAGACCGUGUUGGUUCUCAAACCAAAGGAUAA